CAUUUAAGGCAAGAGGCUAUUCUGGUUUUUGUUACCAAGAAGCCAGUGGUUGUCAGAGUACAGAAAGCAGCAGAGAGUUAUCAGAGGAGAAUCCUUCGGGUUGACAGGGAGAAUAAGACGGUUCAUCAAGCCGCAGGAGUGUCUUUCCUCAUGCGUCGCUCGAGCUCCGUGGCAGAAACGUACCUGCUCCAGACCAGGUGCUCCUUUCCAGAGAUAGAGCUCUUUGUGAAGGCUGGCAGUGAUGGGGAGAGUAUUGGAAAUUGCCCAUUCUCUCAGCGUCUCUUUAUGAUUCUGUGGCUAAAAGGUGUCAUAUUUAACGUCACAACCGUGGAUUUGAAAAGAAAGCCUGCUGACCUGCAGAAUCUCGCCCCGGGGACAAACCCCCCCUUCAUGACGUUUGACGGCGAAGUGAAAACCGACGUCAAUAAGAUCGAGGAGUUCUUGGAAGAAAAGCUGGCACCGCCCCGAUAUCCCAAACUUGCGCCGAACCACCCUGAGUCUAACUCUGCAGGAAACGAUGUGUUUGCAAAAUUCUCUGCGUUCAUAAAGAACCCAAGAAAAGAUGCUAAUGAAAAUUUGGAAAAAUCUUUGCUUAAAGCCCUGAGGAAGCUGGACAACUAUUUAAACAGCCCCUUGCCUGAUGAAAUUGAUGCUUACAGCACUGAGGAGAUCACUGUUUCCAGCCGGAAAUUCCUGGAUGGAGAUGAGCUCACCUUAGCGGAUUGCAACCUCCUACCAAAGCUCCAUAUAAUCAAGGUUGUUGCAAAAAAAUAUAGAAAUUUUGAUUUUCCACCUGAAAUGACAGGGAUUUCAAGAUACUUGAACAAUGCGUAUGCAAGAGAUGAAUUUACAAACACUUGUCCUGCCGAUCAAGAAAUCGAGUAUGCGUAUUUGGAUGUUGCAAAGAGAAUGAAGUAAACAGAAGAUGCCUCCGUUCUUUAUUACUUCUGAGAUUUAGAUGGGCACCAGCCAAGAUGGAAAGUAAAAGCCAGCAUACACUCUGCAGUGUAAUUUUAAGUUCUGCUACUGGCCAAUCCUUCUUUUAUAAUGAUUGUAUAGCAUUAUUUGCUCAUUCUUAAAUUAUGUAUGUAUAUGUUUGCGUGUCUGUACAGAUGCAUGCACACGUGAAUGUCUGCUGUGCAUUGCAAGGUAAAGGCACCGGUUACUGUUAAAGCAUUUG